CAUCAGUCGUACUGCCACUGACGGGCCCUUGGCGAGCGCCUCCAAGCGCUGCGGCUGUGUUUGUUAUGCAAUUGCUGAGUCCUCCCCGGGGGAGGAGCGGCCUUGGCCAUGGCUGUUCCCCCUUCCUCCGCCGCCGCUCCUCGCGGUGCAGUCCCGCCGGCCAUGGGCGAACGCCAGGGCUCGGCGGCGCCGCAGGAGGCGGCGGGCCCGGAGCGGAGCUCAUCAAGUGCUGUUGAAAAUGGCUCCAACCUUGAUGAAGAGCCUCUACUCAGAAAAAAUCACCGCCGGUUCGUCAUCUUCCCGAUCCAGUAUCCAGACAUAUGGAAGAUGUAUAAGCAGGCUCAGGCCUCCUUUUGGACAGCAGAAGAGGUUGAUUUGUCAAAGGACCUUCCUCACUGGAACAAGCUGAAAGCAGAUGAAAAAUACUUUAUCUCUCACGUUCUGGCAUUUUUUGCAGCCAGUGAUGGAAUUGUAAAUGAAAACCUGGUGGCACGUUUUAGUCAGGAGGUGCAGAUCCCAGAAGCUCGUUGUUUCUAUGGCUUUCAGAUUCUCAUUGAGAAUGUUCACUCAGAGAUGUACAGCUUGCUCAUAGACACCUACAUCAAAGAUCCCAAGAAAAGGGAUUUCUUAUUUAAUGCUAUUGAAACAAUGCCUUGUGUUAAGAAGAAAGCAGACUGGGCUCUGAAGUGGAUUGAAGACCGAGAAUCCACUUUCGGUGAGAGAGUGGUUGCCUUUGCUGCAGUGGAAGGCAUCUUCUUUUCGGGUUCCUUUGCUGCUAUAUUUUGGCUGAAGAAGAGGGGCCUGAUGCCUGGAUUGACUUUCUCCAAUGAACUUAUUAGCAGAGAUGAGGGUCUACACUGUGAUUUUGCUUGUCUAAUGUUCCAUUAUUUAGUGAACAAACCAUCAGAAGAGCGAGUCUGUGAGAUCAUCGUUAAUGCUGUAGAAAUUGAGCAGGAGUUUCUAACUGAGGCAUUACCUGUGGGUCUGAUUGGAAUGAAUUGCACCUUGAUGAAACAAUACAUUGAAUUUGUUGCAGACCGAUUACUAAUGGAACUUGGGUUCUCAAAGGUCUUUAAUGCAGAAAAUCCUUUUGAUUUCAUGGAGAAUAUAUCUCUGGAAGGAAAAACAAAUUUCUUUGAGAAGCGGGUUUCGGAAUAUCAACGUUUUGCUGUUAUGGCAGAAACAAUGGACAAUGUCUUCACUCUGGAUGCAGAUUUUUGACAAAUUGCCAAAUGAAUGAGCCUGCAUCAUUUGACAUAAGGUACUUGGAAGAGGGCAGAGUGGAACGUUGAGAAUACAGAGAAAAGCUGGAACUGAUAGCCCUCACUAACAUACUGGAACUGCAAGAGAACUGUGGACUCAGACUGAAAACACAGUGCCUUUUGGAAAUACUGAGAUAGAGGAGAAAGAGAAAAUACUGUAAAUGGGUCUGUUGUUGGAGUAAUAGAACCUAUUAUGUCACUGAAAGUACUAAAAAGCAUUUAUUUUGAGUCUUGUGAAUUAUGAUGACAGUAUAGAGAAUAUUCUAAUAUGAAACUGCAAUGUGCUCAGGUUCUGUAAAUGUAUAUGAGAUACCAAAGUCUGGUACAACGCCUCCCACUUGAUUUGUGUGUAAAAUAUGUGUGUCGUUUCAAUAAAAUUUGAGUGUGGGGAAGCCCGUGCCUUCAUUUACAAGUUA